UUUUUCUGACUGGUUCUAUUUGGGGUUGCUCAUUGCAGGCUUUAGACGUCUGACGACCGGGCGGGAUAGACUGUCAUCAGCGGGAAGACCAGCGGCAACAGCGGCGAGCAAACCAGAGUCCAGCCCCCUCACCUCACUACUCUAGUCUCACACCACAGCACACAGAGCACGGCGGCUGAGCUCGUUCCCAGGUCAGUCUGACAGGAAUGCAGAGGUUUAAUCUCGUCCCCCAGCUCGUACCAGCCAUCAUGUACGGCCGCUGGACGGCGCACACUUGGCCGCAGGACUGGAUGGCGUCUGGCAGUGACGUGAAGCCGCACCACGCUGCGCUCAACAUGACCGCGGCCUCGGCAGCCGGGCUCGGCGGGACCCCCGACGGUACGGCCCGCCCGAUCACCCCCAGCGCCUCGGACGAAGACUCCCUCGGGCCGACCUCGCUGGAAGGUGGGGCCGAGUCGCCCUGCGUCCCCCGCACCGAUGACAUCAAGCCAGGUGAGACGACCUUACCUUUCUAA